AUGGACGCAUACGUCGACGACACAGAGGACUACGGAGGAUUCCACUCCGAUGGAGCGCGCAGCAAUACUUCGGGAGUCGGUAAUGACCGACAUCUCGCCGCAGCCAAUGAGAGCGAGCGACGUGCUGCAGCUGAAGGCACGUACGCUCGCCCAGACAAUCGUCAGCCACGAGGGAAAGUACCGGACCGUGAACGAGGCUUCAAUCAAGACCGUCGAGGGGCGACCGAGGCUUCAACCAAGAUAACCGUGGCCGGCGCGACUACAACAACCGCGAUUUCAACAGAGACAACCGACGUCCGCAGUAUGGACCAUGUGCGCGUUUGGUGGAAUGAACCAUUCGGCUCACUACUGCAAUAA